GCCGGGACGAAAGAAGCCGCCCAACAGGUUCUUUCAGCAGUCGUUGGUGAGGAGCGCCUACAACGUUUCGACUUGAUUCUGCUGGGCGACGAUGUCAGCAGGAAAAAGCCGGAUCCCUUGAUCUAUCAGCUGGCAUCCAAACGUCUGGGUGUCCCCGCCGAGUGCUGCGUGGUCGUAGAGGAUUCCAAGAUCGGACUAAGCGCCGCUUUGGCAGCUGGCAUGCAAUGCUACAUUACCUACACUGACUCAACUCGAG